UCGGUGAUUGGCUCCGGUUGGAGCUCCGUUGUCAGGUUCAGGUGGCGGCUGGCGAAAGCUGAACGAUUACCCUCUGCUCCAGAGAUACCCCAGCGAGUAUUUAUUUAAAGAUUUUAACGGUAACCUGAGGGUUGGUCUGGGUUGAACGUGUUUGUGCGAUGGCGUCCUUGGAGCGGGUGAAGGUGCUGGUGUUAGGGGAUUCAGGAGUUGGAAAGUCAUCUCUUGUCCAUUUAUUGUGCCACAACCAGGUGUUGGGAAAUCCAUCAUGGACAGUUGGAUGCUCAGUUGACGUGAGGGUUCAUGAUUAUAAAGAAGGCACUCCAGCUGAGAAAACCUAUUACAUUGAACUUUGGGAUGUUGGUGGAUCUGUGGGCAGUGCCAGCAGUAUUAAAAGCACUAGAGCUGUGUUUUACAACUCUGUAAAUGGUGUAAUAUUAGUGCACGACUGUACAAACAAAAAGUCAUCCCAGAAUCUCUACAGAUGGUCAUUAGAAGCUUUAAAUAAGGAUUCCUCUCCUACUGGAGUUAUAGUGACGAAUGGGGACUAUGAUCGUGAACAGUUUGCAGAUAAUCAGAUUCCAUUAUUGGUCAUUGGUACUAAGUUGGACCAAAUUCAUGAAACUAAGAGGAAUGAAGUUUUGACAAGGACUGCAUUCUUGGCAGAAGAUUUCAAUGCUGAAGAAAUUAAUCUGGAUUGUACCAAUCCACGGUAUUUGGCUGCAGGUUCUUCUAAUGCUGUGAAACUGAGCCGAUUUUUUGAUAAAGUAAUAGAAAGGAGAUAUUUUUCACGUGACGGUAACCAGAUUCCUGGUUUUGCAGACAGAAAGCGAUUUGGAACAGCAGGCACAUUGAAGACUCUUCAUUACGAUUGAGCAGAAUUGUCAGUAAUUUGCAAGUGUAACAGCAAAUGCCUUCUGAUCAGCUCCUAACAUCUCUCACUGAUUGUACAGUUAAAUAUUUGGGAGAGAGAAUUUUCUUUAAGGAACGGUUUACUACUUUUGCUUUUUAUAAAAGACAAUGAAAAUUAGGUAAAAUGAGGAUAGUUGAAACAUAAAUAUGCUUUCAUACAUUUGUUGGCACAGAAAUCAGGUCUUGCUGAAAGAAGGCAUUUUUGAAGCUUUUUGUCAUUGCCCUGGGACAGCAAUGCAUUGACCAGAAUCAAACUGCCUGAUAUAAAUAUAAACAAGGUUUGAUAGUUAACUGUCAAUCAUCAUCUAAUGCAUGCAUCUCCAUGGCACAACCUCUACCAAUCAAUUGGUAGUUUCUGCUAAUUCAGUAUAAUGUAUUAUCCCCUCUUUCUCUCUCCCCCCCCC